UUUUCCUACUCACUAAUUCUCCGAAACCGCUAGUGGUGAUGGAUCUAUAUAUAUAAAUAAGAAGCUCAUGAGAAGUGCACUACACAAAAUUGAAUUAAAGAGGUGGAGAAGAUGGAAAACAUGCCACCAGGUUAUCGUUUCUACCCUACGGAAGAGGAGCUGAUUUCAUUCUAUCUACGGAACAAGCUUGAAGGAGUGAGGGAGGACAUGAAUCGGGUUAUUCCAGUUCUUGAUAUAUAUGAAUAUAGUCCAAGCCAACUCCCACAAAUAUCGGGAGAGGCGAGUGUUAGAGACAGCGAGCAGUGGUUCUUUUUCAUUCCGCGGCAAGAAAGCGAAGCGCGUGGAGGGAGGCCGAAGAGGCUCACAACAACUGGGUACUGGAAAGCCACUGGCUCCCCUAACCAUGUUUUCUCUUCAGAUAAUCGCGUCAUCGGAAUGAAGAGAACCAUGGUUUUCUACUGCGGUAGAGCUCCUAACGGAACUAAAACCGAUUGGAAGAUGAAUGAGUAUAAAGCCAUUGACACUCAUCACCCUUCUUCUUCCUCCAACAACAGGGCGGUUCCUAUGUUAAGGCAAGAAUUCAGUUUAUGCCGAGUGUACAAGAAAGCAAAAUGUUUGAGGGCAUUUGAUAGAAGACCACCUCCAAGGAGGGACACGUAUCCUCCUAGCCAGAAUAACGGUUCAUCAUCUUUUGAUCAUCAUCAUCAACAUAAUCAAACGGUGGAGAAAUCUUCAGGUGCAGGUAGCUCACCGGAGAGUUCGUGCUCCGAAGACCACGGACAGUGUUCUCAUCGGACGGAGGAUGUGGAAAACGCUAACGAGCCAUUUCUCGAUUGGGAGCAAAUCGAUUGGUUCUUAGGAUCUUCACUGCCGGAACCAUGAAAGCACAGGUAUAACUACUUGGAACUACUCCAUCAACGAAAAUUCGCAGAAGAAGGCGGCUUCCAUAUGAUUAUUAAGUUAUAUAUGAAGCGUAAUUUGUUAAUUACUUAACCACUUACUAGUUUCUUUAAUUUCAUUAUAAUUGCCUCUUUGCUACAAUUAGAGUGUUCAAUAAUAACAAUAAUUUUAGAAAGAUAUGCAUGUAAAUUGCAAUGCCCUAUAUUAUGAGAAUAACUACUUCGUCUUGUGAUCAA